UUUGUUUUGAAAUCGAAUUUGCAAAACAUUACUACAGCAGCAGAAAUAAAGUUUGCAUCACUCUGGUGUUAUAAGAAAAAUCGAUACGCUAUCAGUGUUGUGUAGUUUUUUCUACCAGACAAUAUUUGGAUAUUAGUGGCAUAUUUCUAUAUUCCAUAUCUCUGCUUUGGUAAUGCUCUAUGAUGGAAAAAGUAAUCGAACUAAAUGGUUCCAGCGACAGUAGCAGCUCGACGGCGAUAGAGCCCGAUGAGGUCAACAAAUCACUAAUUUCUUUCGAAGCAGAUCGCAGCUUCGAAGAAUAUUGCGAUGAAAACACCCGUUUGGUCGACAUCAAGGGUCAUGCCGGAGAAAAUGGAAGCAUGGUGGAUCCGAUACCUGCAGGGAAAAGUAUUGCUUUCGUACAGCCAAACAACCAUCGAAGAUCCGAUGAACCAACGGAGCUCAGCUUUGAGAAAUUUCCCGAGAAUCACGAAGAAAAAUUGAAACGCAUUAAAAUCGAAAACGCUUUGGAUGAUCCAGCUACCACUCAGAAUGAUUGGCGGAAGUUCGCCAAAUCUGAAUAUGGCCUCAUUAAUGACGAUUUACGGCGCAAGGUAUGGCCGCUACUUAUCGGUGUUAAUCCGAACCAAGUCGACCCUGCUCCAUCGCUUGCAGAACUAAACAACCAUCCCGAGUAUAACCAGGUGGUUCUUGAUGUAAACCGUUCUCUAAAGCGCUUUCCUCCUGGUAUACCAUACGAACAGCGUGUCGCUCUGCAGGACCAACUAACGGUAUUGAUUCUUCGGGUGAUCAUCAAGUAUCCUCAUCUGAAGUAUUAUCAAGGUUAUCAUGAUGUAGCAAUUACGUUCCUGUUGGUUGUUGGUGAAGAAGUUGCUUUUCAUGUCAUGGAGAUUCUGUCGACAAACCACCUUGUUGAAUGCAUGCAAGAAACAAUGGAACCAACCCAAAAACGACUGAUGUUUAUUUAUCCCUUGAUUAGAAAAGAGAAUCCCGUUCUGUGCGAUUUCCUUGAGCGAUCAACUGUUGGGACAUUGUUUGCACUGCCGUGGUACCUAACGUGGUUUGGACACAGCCUAAAUUCCUACAGAUCUGUAGUUCGGUUAUAUGACUACUUCCUUGCAUCGGAUUUUCUUUUGCCUAUAUAUGUUACUUCGGCUAUUGUAUUGUAUAGGCAAAACGAGAUAUUUCAAGAGGAUUGCGAUAUGGCAUCUUUACACUGCUUACUAUCUCAACUACCAGAAGAUUUACCCUUUGAAUAUCUUCUGCAAAAUGCUGAAGAGUUGUAUAGGAAGUAUCCACCUAAACGAGUCGAGAAGGACGUCGAAAAUAUGAUUGCUAACGAAAAAGUGUUACGGCUAAAAGAAGAGCGAGAGCGUCAACGACGGAAGGCUUAUGGAGUUGCCAAGCCUAGUCAUCAUUCGUUCAUCGGUCGAUUGCUGCCGCAUUUGCAGGUGACCCGUCGAUCCGUGUUUAUGACCACUGCAUUUUCCAUCCUAGUUGGAUUCUGCGCGUAUUACUAUCGAGCCCACUUGAUGCCCCUGUCCGCAGCAGUUAGAUGAGGUGAAUUUUUCCGACGGAUUCCGUCGUCUUUUACCGUCAUUGCUGGUCCGUUGAAUGCAUUAGAUUGGAGCAGCCAGCGGGUACAGUAGAUAGCGUUCCAUUCGAAAACAUAAAGUGUGGCCAAAUUUGAAUUGCUUGAUCUUUCGAUUACCGAAAACCGAUUGUACUUUUAUAUAUACAAUGUGAUUAUUUCUGCUCAUAGCGAUCAUAAAUUCAAACGUAACAUCAUCUAUUUCAUUCGUUCAUUUUGUAAAUAGUGAGUGUUCAUCAAUAUGUUAUGCGUCGCACUGCUAUGAGAUUUCGAGGGCAAAUGGUUUGUAUUUAGAGAUGAUGAUUAGUUGUAGAUUUGAUUGAUGGGAUAUCCUUUAGGAUUAAGUCAAAGCACUGUUAUCAAAUUAAAUCAUUGAAAAUGUAUAUUAUUUUAUUACUAUUCAAUAUAAGUCAUAUAAAGGAAAUAAAAGAACAAUUGUAACACAAUUGAUCAUUAUUCAACAAUCAAAUAUUGGUUUUUGAAUGAUCAUUGAUACAUCUUCAGGAUAAGUUGCGACGAAUUUAAAUGGAUAUGAUUUAAAUACUCCACACGCAUUGGUCAGAUUUCGCAUUGCUUUUCCAAUUCCAUUUUUUCCCUUUCUUUAAAACCCUUUGUAAUAGUGAAUUGCGGUUGCAAUAAAAGUCAGGAAAAUUGCCUCAGUCAAAUGAUUACCCUUUUUUUUCGACAUAGUUCAACCACGGACUAACAGACGUAACACUGGAACCUAGCUCCAUCGCCACAAAAAAACGUUCAUUUCAAAUUUUCAAUCGAAUAACAGUUGUCGCGCGAAAAUGUCGUCUGAGGCGCUGUCAUGCAAUCUCAUACAUAUUUUGUAGUUCCCCAUUUGACACAUGCAGUAACGCUGGCGCUGAUGUCGAAAUACAUGAUGCAGCGCGAACACGACAGUAGAUGGUGCUAGUGUUACUAACGUAAAGUACUGGAAUCAUCCAAACGAUGAUUUUAUUGAAAAAUUAUUCGACGUGUUAUGUCUGUUAGUCUGUGGUUCAACCACUACAAAAAUGAUCCUCUGUAACGCCUAUUUUACCUUACGCGCAUAGUUGUCUCAUGUUACAAUUUCCAUUUUUUUUAACAUCAGUCUACUCUCAUUUCUAAGUUCGUUUUUUCACCUAUCGACGAUUUUCUACGCAUGUGUGUGAUUUUUUGCUUAAAUUCGUCUCAUUAAGCUCUAAUUCGCAUAUUCAGUAUUUGAGUAGUACUACAUUAGUACUGCAGCGUUCUCCUUACAAUGUUCACUUUACUCGACCAUCGAAGUGCGCCACACUUCAAUGGUCGUUUGAACCGACAUAUCACAGACUAACAGACAUAACUCUUCGAACAAAUUUUCAAUCAAAUCAUCGUUCGGACAGUUCCAGUACUUUACGUUAGUAACACUAACACCAUCUGCUGUGGGUUUCGCGCUGCGUCAUGUAUUUUGACAUCAGCGCUAGCGUUACUGCAUGUGUCAAAUGGGCAACCACAAAAUAUGUAUGACCUAAGACAAGACGCUGGUCACCGUUACAUGCAACCAAUUUGAACCGGCUGCUGAUUGGCUGAAUCCGAUAACGCAAUCGCUACGUAGAAAAUACAACGAGGUUACUUUUCACUGUAAACCAGUGAUGCUGGAGAGUCAUAAUUUAGCUAUUAUAAUUGUUCAUAAAUAAUGAUGCAAAAGUAUGCAAGGUACAUGAUAUUACCGAGUAAUGUAUUUCACUGUUAUAACUUUAAAAAUGCAUUGAUUAAUCGUUUUUUACUAUUUUGGUUGAAGUUCAAGAAACUUAGAAAGAAAAAAUUUGGGUACCAAGAAACUUAGGAAGAAAAAAUUUGUUAGCAGAAGUAUGCUUUAUUGAACAUGAAAUAAUAAAUAAAAAUUUAGUAUUACUCGCCUAUAUAUUGCAA